AGGUCCGUCAUCCUCCCUCCCUCCCUCCCUCCAUGCACCCUCCACGCCUCACCUCCACUCUCGGGUGUAUAUUCUUCUUCUCGUAACAAAAUCUAAAUUCUAAAACCCUAGAAAUGAAAUUAACAAACGCUUCUCAGCCAACACUUCAGCACAAUCCAUAAUCAACAAAACCAAACACCCACCCCCCUCCCCCGGGAAGAAAGAAAAAGAUUAUUAGCUUUUACCACACCACUGUCAUUUGGAGAGAAAAAACAAUAUAAACAAUGACUUCAAAUUCAAAACCCUAAUUUUCUACCAUUCCCCGUAAAAAAUCAAACAAGCUUAGUUAAACACUAAACAAUGAUUAAUGGUUUUGAUGAUGAUCCAACAUCAUCACCACCGCCACCACCAACACCAACACCAACAUCAGCAAACCUCCACUGCACUACCAGCACACCCUGUCCCUCUCUCCACUUCCGCCCAUAGAUCCCCAGCCACUCCCUCCCACACUCAAUCCCAACCCCCUCUUCCUCUGGCCCCUCUCUCCUCCUCUCACCGUCUCCCACCACCAGCCCUCGAUCAUGUAAUUUCCCCUGUCGCAUCCGCAGCUCACCACUCCGCUGACCCGGCUCCCACACUGGCUAGGGUCCGGCUCUCUGAUAUCUCUCCCUACGAUGGGGCUCCGGGUGGGCCCUACGUGCGGGCGGUGGAUGCCCUUUCGGGGUCUUUAAUGAGGCACAACGCUGCUGUUAUUGAAUUGGGGAGUGAAGAAGCCUCGCUUAUGCGGUGUGGCCUCGAGGCCGCAAGGCUGUAUUUUAGGAGUCGGUCUCAAAACGGUGUCGUUAAAGGUUGUAGCGGCCGCGGGGUUUAUAUGUACAGAGCUGGAAGGCCAGUGGAAGACUGGGACUCGUCUCCGCCAUGUAUGGCUGAAAUAUUUAGGUGUAUGGGAAAGGCAGCGCGCUCUGCUUUAUGUGCAAUAGCAAGACAUCUUCGUUUAAGAAGCGAUGUUUUCAACCAAUUGCUUGAUGAUACCCCAUUGCCAGCUGGUGAGGUGUCUUCUUCGGUGCUUGUUGCCACCUAUUCUCAUACUUCUUUGCAAAAUGGAAAAGGGGCUAUUGGGGCAGGGAAGCCAGCGGCUAAUGGUGAAGUUGAGAAGGGAUUGUUGACUUUGAUUUCCUCAGACAGUCCUGGUCUGCAGGUUUGUGACCCAAAUGGUCGCUGGUACUUAGCUGAUUGUGGCUCAGCUCCAGUGGAUCUUUUACUCAUUACUGGCAAGACACUUAGUCACACGACUGCUGGACUUCGCCCUGCUGCCUCAUAUAGAGCUGCUCCUGAUUUCUCAUCGGGUACUAACAGUGGUGGGAGGACUUCACUGGUAUUCAGGCUCAUGCCACAGGGAAAUGCUAUUUUAGAUUGUUCUCCGAUUGCAGCAGCUGGUCAUGUUAUUCCCCAGAGCUAUGUACCAAUAUCAGUGAGUCAGUUUAUGGAUGACCUUUCUGCUGAGGAGGAUGUUGUGUGCAAUCAACCUAAUAAUACUUAUGUUGCUCGAAAUGAUAUGAACAAGGAACCAUCACUAAGAAGUGUCCUCUCAGAUCCCUUGUCAGGUGCAUUCCUUGAAGAUGCCAUGUUUGUUUCCUGUGGACAUUCGUUUGGUGGUCUCAUGCUGAGAAGAGUCAUUGAUAUGUCGAGAUGUACACUUUGCAAUGCUGAAAUUGAGGCUGCGUCUUUGGUUCCUAAUUAUGCUCUUAGAGCUGCAGCAUCAGCUGUAAAGAAUGAAGAUGAUCGAAGGCUAUUCCAUAAUGCAACUUUGCGAAAGCGUCGCAAAGAAAUGGGUGACCACACAGAUUCCAUGAAGAAGAGACCACACGGAGAGAAUGGAGAUAUUGCUGCUGACGAUGGUUUGCAUAGAGGAGUGCAGUAUCCUUUUGCUGAAAAUGAGAAAGUAGUGAUUAAGGGAAAUAGGAGGACACCAGAAAAAUUUGUUGGGAAGGAAGCAAUCAUCACUUCACAAUGUCUCAAUGGCUGGUACUUGCUUAAGAUUAUUGGUAGUGGUGAGAAUGUCCGUCUACAAUAUCGCUCUCUUAGAAAAAUUUUGAACUCUGAAGCCAUUGAAGACAGAUGUGCUUCACAGCCAAUUCAAAACAGCAGCUAAUAGACUUAAAUUUUCUUAAUGUACACUUACCAUCUCUAUAGGGCUCAACUAGUGAUAGAUCUUGUCCUGUUGAUUGCCAAGAAGGAAAUGAUAUCGUUUCUUGUAAGUUAUUUUGUAUCUGAAUAUUUAGCUAGAAAGCCUAGAAUAGGUAGGUUAUUUUGCAGCGCAGAGUUCAGGUAGCAGAUUGUAAAGAGAGGAAGAUUGAGGAUAACACGGACCGUUUCUUUGUAACACGAGGGGUAUGUACACGGAGAAUGAUUUUAUUAGUAUAUUAUAUGUUUUUGGUUUC